GAAAGAAGAAAAAACACGUACAACAUUAUUACGAACUGUUAGUUCACAAAUAAAUCAAAGGGUCUUUUUUGCUUGUCUUUUAGCUUUAUUUUUGAGUCUUCUCACUCUUUUUUUUACUCUGCAGCACCCGGCUUGCACUGGCUAAUGGACCAGGUCUAGUCCAGUUUCCCAGGUUUUUCACCCGAGGCUAUGUGCCCUGAUUAUUUAAAUCGCAGCCCCCGCCGCAGCCAACUCACUCGCUUCGCCCGGCGAGCUCAGCUCAGGUAACAGCGGCACCUUUAGAAAAUCCCCAGGCACGGAGAUAAGCAACCGAAGAGCAGGCAGAGCCACAACGAUGAACGCCUUCGUCCCGCACGGCUCGCAGCAGUCUCCAGGGCCCAUGCUGCCCACUUCGGGCCACAGCGCCCACGACCUCCUGGACAUGGUGGUCUACUGCGACAACCUGGGCGGCGUCGGCGGCGGCGGCGGCGGCGGCCACCACCACCACCACCAGCCCAACGCACUGCGCCCUCCCAGCUACCAGUCGUCGAGCUACGGCGACUACUCGCCGCCCGCCAGCAACCCCUACCUGUGGCUCAACGGACCGACGUACGUGGGCAGCAGCCCUCCGUCGUACGUGCAGCCGUGCAACUACGGUGCCAACCAGAGGCAGUUCCUGCAGUCGCAGAGCCCGGGCUACGGCGCGGGAGCCGAGAUGAACCCGUGGCUGUCCUACCAGGGGCAGCAAGACUUCUUCAGGCUGGUGCGGCCACCGUACUCGUACUCGGCACUCAUCGCCAUGGCCAUCCAGCACACGCCGGAGAAGAGGCUGACGCUUAGCCAGAUUUACCAAUACGUGGCCGAGAACUAUCCCUUCUACAAGAAGAGCAAGGCCGGCUGGCAGAACUCCAUUCGCCAUAACCUCUCGCUCAACGACUGCUUCAAGAAAGUGCCCAGAGAUGACGAUGACCCAGGCAAAGGCAAUUACUGGAUCCUGGAUCCCAACUGCGAGAAGAUGUUCGACAACGGCAACUUCCGAAGGAAGAGGAAGCGCAAGUCUGACAUGUCUCCCAACGGCACCGCGCUGGACAAGGGGGAUGACAUCAAGGCGAGCGAGAUCACCAAAGACGGCAUGGAGGCCUCCCCCUCCGGGCUCACCAGCUCACCGGGCUCGGACGGCGAGUCCAAAGCGUCUCCCCAACCUCCGCCGCCGUCGCUCAUCACUUCGUCGCCCUGCUUCAACAACUUCAUGAGCAGCAUGAACUCGAUGGUGCCGAGCUACGACGGGGCCAUGGAUCAUCGCCCGCUCGGGGCCGGGGUCCCCAUGGGAGACGACGCAUCGCCCAGGAGGCUGCAGCAGGGCCUCUCGUCGGCGCUCUCCGCUCCGUACUCGCCGCUGGGACUCGGUCAGUUCUCCCCUCCGGCGGCCGGGGGCAACCAUAGCAUGAUGCCCAUCCCCAGCAUCAUGGACAUCCCUCCGCCGUCGGGCACGUCAGCACAGCUCCGCAUGGGCUACUUCCAGUCGAGCCCGGCGAGCCAAAGCGUCAGCAACAAUCAAAUAUACAGCUUCAGCGUGAACAAUAUCAUCUACCAGCGAGACGGAACCGAAGUCUAAAAUGGUGCCGAUUUGUUGUGCUGGGGAAUGGAAGAAGAAGAAGAAGAAACCCCCAAGCCUGUGCUUGCGUGCAAGCGUCGAAAUGCCGAUUAAACGUCUGUUUAAUUGUAGAUGUAAAUAGCCUAAUGAAACUUGAUGGCAUAUUUGUCAACGCAGAAUAUUGGCACGGAUGUGUAUAAAAAAAGAAGUGCCGUUUUAGUUGAACAAAUUAACGUGUGUAUAUUUCGAUGCUUAAUUUAUUUUGAGAAGAAUAAGGAUAUUGUUUAUUUUGUCCAGGAAAUGACACUGUACCGAUAUGCUGCAUGCACGUCAUGGAUGUAAAUCAUUGAAUUCGUUUUCUGCAGUCGGGAAUACUGUUUUCACUUAAAUGGUGUAUUUACCCUCACAUUACAAAAUAUGUAUACAUAGUUAUUCUUCAAGCAUGGACUGUAAUAAAGAAUUAGAGUUUAAAAAAAUCGUGUAAAACUUGACCGCGUCAUCAUUAUAACCAAUUCCCAACGAAUCGCACCAAAUACGCCCAGGAUAAUACACUAAAUGUGUGCAAAUAUAUAAGAUUAUUGUUGAAAAGGAUGACAAUAUUUCUGUCCGCAAAUGAUACCCAAAUAUCUGCAAUUAAACUUUUGGAAUAUUUCCAGUGACCGACAUUUUAAUUAAAAAAAUCUACACGUACAUAAAGGAAUACACCACUUUAGACAAUUACUGCAAUAUUAACUUUAUUAUAAAAAUGCAGUGCUUUCAGAGGACCAUGAAAAGUGUCAAUGAAUAGCGUUAUAAGUAGCAGGGAAAUUAACCAACUAUCGAUUUCUCCACGUCUUUGCAUUGUGAAUAAUCGCAUCCAGUGGUAGCAAAAUGACUUACGGUAAUCACCGAUUACACCUUUUAUUUGGGAUAUAUUGGUGAGGGUUUUUACUUUAUUUAAUGUUCAACGUAAGCCACAUUCGUGAUUACAAUCUCAAGGUUGUGCAACAUUCCAAAUAUGAAGCCCGUUAAAGGUUGUGAACUUGCGUAAAUGUUUAAUUGUACAAUUGUGCUAAGUUACGAUCUUAAAAUUCCAGAAAUAUAGUAAUAAGGUAAACAGGAUACUUGCAAUAGAAGAUAUGCACAAUAGCCAGUGGAAACCAUUACAGUGAUUCACUUUUCAAUAAAGUACAACGCUUCCUCAUUUACAUCGUAAACAAGUGAUGAUGAAUCCUAAAGCCUUUUCCCCAUACACUAAAGUUUGUUUUAAAAUGCAGUUCAAAUGUACAGAGGAAUUUUAGCUCGGAGCUCAAAUAACACCGGCGUUUUACUCAACACGCUCUUUGCGCAUUCAUUACGCGGAGGGACAUUGCCCAUGACAGCAUUUUAUAAAUUAAAAAUCAAACGCCGCUUAAAGGAUACCAUUACCUUCAUAUCAACUUUACUCACGCAUCAAGCCCCUUUUUUUUUGAAACGCACAUUUAAAUUUGACAGUUGGAUUACAUUACAUGGCAAAAGCAUGUCUACAAAUAAUACCGCUUAAAAAUCAAAUCAAAGUGUGGAUGUUCUUGUUAUAUCAUGACAAAAAUAAAUUGUUGUUCAUGGUGUACAAUUAUACAUAAAAAAGUUUAUUUCCAACGUGGCCCUAUCAUUUUUUAUUUUACUUUAAAGUAUGUUGACGUGUAA